ACAUUGCCAUGUGAGACACACUGAAAACUUAAAAGACAAAUAAAAAGCAGCUUCUUCCAAUGGGCGCCAAAUAAACCCUCCCUCCCAAAAUUUAGUGUACCCGCCAACGCUGAAAAAAAAAAAUCUUUGUCAAUGAUAACAUCAAGAGGCACACCAACUACACUUGCAAACAGAAAUCCACAUUCAUUUUUCUUUUCUCUGCAGAAAAAUAAGGGAUUUGAAAAGAAAUGGGUUCCGCUGCGCUCCUAGAUUCAUCUGUUCCAAGUGAAUCUGAACCUUCUCAGACAUCAGAUUCAGGUGUUAAAAAAGGUAAGAGUAAGAAGAAAUCUGUAGCUUCCAAAACCAAAGAGGAAGUUAUGGGUGCAAAUAAACAGAAGAAGCGGACAGCAUCGGCGAGAAGUGAACAGCCUUCUGGUACCCGCAAAAUGCCCAAGCGAGCUGCAGCAUGUAAAAGUUUGAAGGAGAAAUCCUUUUCCAUAUCCGAGAAAUCUUCUCUCAUUGAAAUGAAGAAAGAUCAGACUGUAGAUGAAGAAAUUGUGGCUGUUGGCUUGACAGCUGGACAAGAUGAUGGUCGUCCAAACAGAAGAAUUACUGACUUUAUUCUUCAUGAUGAAAAUGGUAAUGCACAGCCUCUGGAGAUGCUGGAGGUUAAUGAUUUGUAUAUCUCGGGCCUUAUAUUGCCCCUUGAAGAAAGUACUGACAAGAAAAAGGAGAAAGGAGUCCGAUGUGAAGGCUUUGGUAGAAUUGAAACAUGGGACAUCUCUGGUUAUGAAGAUGGCUCUCCAGUGAUAUGGCUGUCUACUGAAAUUGCUGAUUAUGACUGCUUGAAGCCAGCUGCUAGUUACAAAACAACUUAUGAUCAUUUUUAUGAGAAGGCUCGCACAUGCAUUGAAGUGUACAAAAGACUUGCAAAGUCUUCUGGUGGGGACCCUGAUAUAAGUCUUGAUGAGUUACUUGCUGGCAUGGCUCGGUUGAUGAGUGGUAGCAAGUGCUUUUCUGGAACUGCAUCUAUAAAAGACUUUAUUAUCAGUCAGGGUGAAUUUAUUUAUAAGCAGCUCGUGGGCUUGGACAUUACAUCCAAGGCAAAUGACAGGUUGUUUGCAGAUAUUCCUGCUCUUGUUGCUCUUAGAGAUGAGAGUAAGAAACAAGCAAACUAUGCACAUGCACAAGUAAUACCUUCAAAUGGGAGUUUAAGAAUUGGAGAUGCAGAGAACAAGAAACACACGGAUUCAAUGACUUGUGAAGCUGAGGAAGAUGAAGAUGCAAAGUUGGCAAGGCUAUUGCAGGAAGAAAUAGAUUGGAAAUCCAUGAAAGCUAAGAAAAACUCCAGAUUUGCUUCUUCCUCUAACAAGUACUACAUCAAAAUUAAUGAAGAUGAGAUUGCCAAUGACUAUCCGCUUCCAGCAUAUUAUAAGACCUCCCUUCAAGAAACUGAUGAGUUUUUAGUUUUCGAUAAUGACUAUGAUGUGUAUGACCCUGAAGACCUUCCACGAAGCAUGCUGCACAACUGGUCUUUAUACAACUCUGAGGCAAGAUUGAUUUCAUUGGAGCUUCUUCCAAUGAAACCUUGUUCAGAUAUUGAUGUUACUAUCUUCGGAUCAGGUUUGAUGACUGAAGAUGAUGGUAGUGGUUUUCAUUUGGAUACUGAUGAUGGCCAAUCUUCAACUACUUCAGGAGCACAGGUUGAUGGAAUGCCAAUUUAUCUGAGUGCCAUAAAGGAAUGGAUGAUUGAAUUUGGCUCAUCCAUGAUUUUCAUAUUAAUCCGGACUGAUCUUGCCUGGUAUAGACUUGGCAAGCCAUCAAAGCAGUAUGCUCCUUGGUAUAACACAGUAUUGAAAACUGCAAGGCUUGCUAUCAAUAUUAUCACUAUGCUGAAAGAGCAGAGCCGAGUGUCCCGACUUUCCUUUGGAGAUGUUAUAAAGAAAGCUGCCGAGUUUGCCCAUGACCAUCGCUCCUAUAUUUCUUCUGAUCCAGCUGCUGUUGAGAGAUAUGUUGUUGUCCAUGGACAGAUCAUUCUGCAACUGUUUGCAGAAUUUCCUGACGAUAAGAUCAGAAAGUCUCCUUUUGUGACUGGACUAAUGAGCAAAAUGGAAGCACGGCACCAUACUAAAUGGUUAGUAAAGAAGAAUAAAAUCGUACCUAAAAGUGAACCAAAUCUAAAUCCUAGAGCUGCAGUAGCUUCUAUUGUGUCCAAGAGAAAAGCUAUGCAAGCUACUACAACAAAGCUGAUCAAUAGAAUAUGGGGAGAGUAUUACUCAAACCACUUGCCAGAGGAUUCAAAAGAGGGAGCAGCAACUGAGCCAAAGGAUGAGGAUGAAGUUGAGGAGCAGGAUGAAAAUGAAGAUGAAGAUCCUGAGCAGGAGACAUGUUUGGAGGAAAGCCCAAAGUCACAUUCAGUUUCAAAACAGCCCAAAACAUUUUCUUCAGAAAGAGAAAUACGAUGGGAUGGUGAUCCUCAGGGUAAGAUGAGUUCUGGAUAUCUUCUUUAUAAACAGGCUGUUAUUCAUGGGGAAGUGGUUGCUGUAGGAGGAUCUGUGUUAGUGGAAGUUGAUGAAUCAGAUGUACUUCCGGAUAUUUAUUUUGUUGAAUAUAUGUUUGAAACAAGAAAUGGAGGAAAAAUGUUUCAUGGAAGGCUAAUGCAGCGUGGUUGUGAAACUGUUCUUGGCAACACUGCAAAUGAGAGAGAGGUGUUUCUCACUAAUGAGUGUAGGGACUUGAAACUGGCGGAUAUAAUGCAGCCUGCUACGGUAGAUAUUCGGAAAAGGCCUUGGGGAUGUCAGCAUCGAAAACAAAACAUUAUUGCGGAUAAAAAUGAUAGGGCUAGAGCAGAAGACAGGAAGAAAAAAGGGUUGCCUAUUGAAUAUUAUUGCAAAAGUUUGUAUUGGCCUGAAAGAGGUGCCUUCUUCAGCAUUCCAUUUGAUUCUUUAGGCCUGGGGUCUGGCAUUUGUCACUCUUGCAAAUUAAAUGAAGAUGAAAAGGAGAGAGAUACUUUCAAAGUAGUUUCAUCUAAAUCUGGUUUUGUACUCAGAGGGACUCAGUAUUCUGUUAGUGAUUAUGUUUAUGCAAGUCCUUUUGACUUAGAUGAAAGGACAGAGCAGGCAACUCACAAAAGUGGGAGGAAUGUAGGGCUUAAACCUUAUGUUGUGUGCCAACUGCUGGAGAUCAUUACUAAAAAGGACGUGAAACAAGCUGAAAUUAAAUCCACAGAGGUUAAAGUCAGAAGGUUUUACCGACCAGAAGAUAUAUCAAGUGCGAAGGCAUACUGCUCAGAUCUUCAAGAGGUAUAUUACAGUGAUGAAACCUGCACAAUAUCAGUAGAAUCCAUAGAGGGAAAAUGUGAACUCAGAAGGAAGAAUGAUAUCACUGAAAGCAGUGCCAUUGGAGUGUUACAAAAUGUAUUUUUCUGUGAGCACUUGUAUGAUCCUGCAACUGGAUCGCUCAAGCAGUUGCCAGCUCAUAUCAAAAUAAAAUAUUCAAGUGGAAGCUCUGGUGAUCCUGGAGCUAGGAAGAGAAAAGGAAAGUGUAAGGAGGGAGAAGUCACUUCAGAGCGUGCAAAAGAAGGAACAUUGGAUGAAAAACGUUUAUCAACAUUGGACAUAUUUGCUGGCUGUGGUGGUUUAUCGCAGGGGUUACAACAGUCAGGGAUUACAUUAACUAAAUGGGCCAUUGAGUAUGAAGAACCUGCUGGGGAUGCAUUUAGAGCCAAUCAUCCUGAAGCAUUGGUGUUUGUUAACAAUUGCAAUGUUAUUCUUAGGGCUAUUAUGGAGAAGUGUGGGGACACAGAUGAUUGUAUCUCAACAACUGAGGCUACAGAGUUAGCUGCAAAACUUGAUGAGAAAGAACUGAGUAGCUUACCAAUGCCUGGCCAAGUUGAUUUCAUUAAUGGGGGUCCUCCAUGCCAGGGUUUCUCGGGUAUGAACAGAUUCAACCAAAGUACUUGGAGCAAAGUCCAGUGCGAGAUGAUAUUAGCAUUCUUAUCCUUUGCCGAUUAUUUCCGGCCAAGGUAUUUCUUGUUAGAGAAUGUGAGGAAUUUUGUGUCCUUCAAUAAGGGGCAGACAUUCCGUUUAACCUUGGCUUCACUUCUUGAGAUGGGUUAUCAGGUGAGGUUUGGUAUCCUUGAAGCUGGAGCUUUUGGAGUUUCACAGUCAAGAAAACGUGCAUUUAUAUGGGCAGCCUCCCCAGAUGAUGUGCUUCCUGAGUGGCCAGAGCCAAUGCAUGUCUUUGCUGCACCCGAGUUGAAAAUCACAUUAUCAGAAGGUGUUCAGUAUGCUGCUGUCCGCAGUACCGCAAAUGGUGCACCAUUGCGUGCAAUAACUGUUCGGGAUACUAUUGGUGAACUCCCGGCUGUGGCGAAUGGAGCCUCUAAAGCAAACAUGGAGUAUAAACAAGAGCCUGUCUCAUGGUUUCAAAAGAAGAUUCGCGGGGAUAUGGCUGUCUUGACUGAUCAUAUAUCAAAGGAGAUGAAUGAGUUGAACUUGAUUAGAUGUCAGAAAAUUCCUAAGAGACCAGGUGCUGAUUGGCGUGACCUUCCAGAUGAAAAGGUAAAAUUGUCUACUGGACAAGUUGUUGAUUUGAUACCAUGGUGUUUGCCAAACACAGCUAAGCGCCAUAAUCAAUGGAAGGGACUGUUUGGUAGGUUGGAUUGGGAAGGAAACUUCCCAACUUCUAUCACAGACCCUCAACCAAUGGGGAAGGUUGGAAUGUGCUUCCAUCCAGACCAGGAUAGGAUUCUUACUGUUCGCGAAUGUGCUCGAUCACAAGGUUUUCCUGAUUGCUAUCAAUUUUCUGGUAACAUCAUACACAAGCACAGACAGAUUGGUAAUGCUGUUCCUCCUCCUUUGGCAUUUGCAUUAGGCAGAAAGCUUAAACAAGCCGUGGAAAGUAAGAGCUCUAUUUAGGCAUUCAUCUUUUCAUAUUCUUGGAUUGGACUAGUCUUCAAGAAAUUGUAAAUGUUUUUAGGGUAAUUCUCAUAGCUUCAUGUAACCAAAGAAUUCCUUGUAGACAACGCAAAACUGGUUACUGUCAAAUUGGAUUUCUCUUGAUGAGUGAUGUUUUAGAUUUUUUACUGUUAUUUACUUAUUUUACCAAAGAAGGCGAAAAUAUUGUACUUUUCAAGAUUGUUGUUUCUUGAAAACGUUUUUUCGUAAUGCAAUUAAUUUUAA